UUAUGGACGACGGCACGACGCUGCAACUUUCAUCUGUGCUUUCACUUUGGAAGAAAGUCUAUUGCAAAGCUUAAUGUGUUAAAAACUCUGUUCUAAAAUGGAAGUAACAAGAUUAAACUUCAAAGAAGUCUUGCCUAUUAUUUCUGGUGCUAUAGAAAACUCAUCUUUUAUUGCAAUCGAUGCUGAGUUUUCAGGUCUGACUGUAAGGAGACGUGAGAAUGCCUUGGAUACGUGUAAAGAACGCUAUCAAAAACUUAUCAACGGCGUAAGAGACUUCACCAUUAUGCAGUUUGGCAUUUGCACUUUCAGUUGGGAUGAUGAACAGCAGCAAUAUCUGGCAAAGCCUUUCAAUUUUUAUAUUUUUCCCAAACCGUACAACAGGCAGAUGCCAGAUACGAGAUUCCUCUGCCAGAGUUCAAGUCUAGAUUUCCUGGCAGGACAAGGAUUUGAUUUUAACAAAUGGAUCUAUCAUGGGAUUCCAUUUCUCCUGCCUUCCGAUGAGGAAAAGCUUAGGCGAACGGUCGGAAACUACCAGAAACCAACUCCAACCAAUGGUACGCCAUCAACACCAAAUACAGAGGAACCCAUCCCAGUUCCACCCGUCUUUGAAAAAACAAUUGAACUGAUCAUGAAGAAAGUUGAGAAGUUUGUUGAAGAUCCUGAGCAACAAUCUUUAAGCCUGCCACCAUCCAGUCCAUUUGUUCGUAAGCUUGUUUAUAGCUCAGUUAAAACUACGCACAAAACUGGACUUCAUCUUGAAUCAAAAACCAACGAAGAUAACGAUAAGUACAUUGUCAUUAAGAAAUGUUCUGAAGAGGAGAAAAAAGAGUUGGAAAAUGAGAAGCUUAACCAGGAACAGGUUGGAGUAGAACAAGCAGUCGGUUUUUCUAAAGUCAUUCGCCUUCUUGCACAGUCUGGCAAAGUUCUCCUGGGUCAUAACAUGUUGCUGGAUUUGCUUCAUACAGUAAAGCUAUUUGUUUCACCGUUGCCAAAUGAUAUUGAUGGAUUCAAAGCUCUUGCUAAAGGCUUGUUUCCCCGACUCAUUGAUACCAAAGUCAUGGCAAGCACAUCACCGUUACAAGAACAUUUCUCCUUGUCUCAUCUUGAAGAGGUCUACAAGAAAUGCGCAGAAGCUCCAUUUGUGAAACCAAAUGUACUGUUCCCUGAGGGCUUCGAGGAUUACUUGGACACCUCCAAGUCCCAUGAAGCUGGCUAUGAUGCAUACAUGACUGGGGUGGCCUUCAUCGCAAUGGCUUCAUAUUUAGAAAAGAUACAAGAUGGUAGCUCACCUUGUGGAGAGAUGGAUAUUGAAAUUAUCAAACCUUUCCUAAACAAGAUCUUUCUAUUUCCUAGAAUGGAAGACAUUCCUUAUCUUAACUUGGGAGGUGAGGACCCAGUGCCUAGUCGGGAUCAUGUUUUUCACCUAGAACACCCAGAGAGUUGGCAAUUCUCAGACAUUCAGAAACUUUUCAAGGAUUUUGGGUACAUCUACAUAACAAAGAUUGACGAGACGGCCUCGUUUGUAAGUGUUUCGAAGCGUGAACGAGCACCAAAUGUUAUGCCAAGAUUGGACAAGGCUGGUGUACCAUACAGAAUCAUGAAGUAUAGCAGGUUCUAUGGUAUUGAUGAUACUACCACUACCAGUGUUGGCAAUGAUGCAAAUAGUGGUAAGGAUGGUAUUGAUGGGCACCAUUUGACCCCACAGCAAUUUCCCAAAAAGCGGAGUUUGGAAACUCCUACCAAAACUCCUGAAGAACUUGGUUCAUCAAAGCAAUCAAAGGACAAUGUUUCAUCGUCAGAUGUGGAGGAAGGAGAACUUCCAGAUUCACCUGAACCUGCAAAAAAGAAAUUAAAAGGCGAACACACGUUCUUUGAAGAACCAGAUGACUGGUAGUUUGACAAUGUGACUUUUGUUGGCAAAUGUAUUUGUGGUUAAAAUAUAAGUGGAAUCCUGUAAUGAAUUUGAAUAAUUUAAUGAGAAUUCAUCUUCAUUGGGUUAUAAACUGUAAUUAGAAUUUUAAAAGUGCCUACUUUGGUAGUAAACAUUGGUAGUAAAAUCUGCCUUUUAGAUACAACUAGUAUUAGUUUAUUAAAGUAUGUUUAUGUGCUUCUAUCUUUUGGGUUAUUUCAGGAACAUAUUCAUGAUGUUGGUUAAAAUACAACUGCAUUCAGCAAGAUCUAUAUAUUUAGCCUAACAAUUAGAAGCAUUUAACAUGCAUUAAAUAUGUUAUACUUUG